AUGAAUUCUAAUAAACCGCCGCCAAAGCCGACGUUUUGGCAAAAAGAAUUCGUCUGGUCUUAUUCGACUAUCGAAAGACUGGCGGUAAUGAAGAGUAGGCGGUUGGGAAAUAUCCUCAGAGAAUACGCGCGUUAUUGUACCGUGCACGGCGUCCAAUACAUAUUUAAAGACAAUUCGAACAUAAUUGAACGGUUUGAUUUUGCCCGUUAUUUUCAAAAUGUUGUUAGUGUAGCACGCUCGUAUACUUAUAGAAGGUGUUUUUUUUUUUUUUGCUCCCCCAUUCGAAUUUUAGAUGCGCUUGGUUGUUCAUCGUGCUGACCAGUUUCGUCUGCGCCAGCAUUCUGGUACACACCAUGUGGCUAAAAUUCAACUCUUCUCCCACGGUGACCGCGGUUAAAGACACGCAUUUGGCACUUUACUCGCUCCCGUUCCCGGCCGUUAACGUAUGUCCAAUGGAUAAGAUAAAACGUUCGGUGGCUUAUUCUUACGUGACGGCCCGCAUAAACGAUUCGUAUCGGGAAAACGAGAUGGACAACUUCCUGAACGUGCUGACGCUAUUUCAGCAUCCGCUCUACAACAGAAUGUUAUACUAUCUGAACAGUGGAAUAGAUAAUUUUCUAACCAAAUUGACCAGUAUUAAUAUUACAGACUUUAUGUUAACCGUAAGUAUGGUGCACACGAACACGUCCCGAAGACCGCCGGAAUUUAUAUUUGGUUUGAAUCAAAGGUGAUGCCGACAUGUGAUGAGGUCUUCAAAGCUUGUUUUUGGAUAGGCCACUCUUACAAUUGUUGCGAGUUGUUUAGCUUGCAAAGAUCCGAGGAAGGUUUUUGUUAUUCGUUUAACUCGUUAACGUCGAUUAAAAAAAACGACUGGUAAGAUUAUUAACUCGACGCACUUAAUUAAAAAAUAAAAUAAAUACAAACACGUGCUAGUGCACCUAACUACGAAAUGUUUAAGCCCUAUGUUUAGUACGUUGGAAACUGACAUGGAUGGAAAUCCAAACAAUAUCAAUUGGGAAUGCGUAUUAAGACGAAAUACGGCGGCUGGUUCGACAUCAGGAUUACAAAUAUUCUUCAAUAAUUUUAAAGAAUCGGAACGAUUGGUAAACGCUUCUUUAAUUACCGGCAAACCGGCUGUCAGGGUAUGUAAAAAUAAAUAACGUUUUUGUAUGUACAUUAAAUUUAAUUAUAUGGUAUGAUAAUAUUAUACGAUAAGUUUUUUUCGCGUACUGCGCUUAUAAUUCAGAUAUCCCAACUGCUGUGCCGCGAAAUUCUUCUGGUGUGCCAUGUAAUUUUUGUCUUAUUGUGUAUACUAAAUACUCUAAAUAUACUUUGUAUUUUAUACUAUUUAUAAUAAUCGAUAAUUAUAAUUUAUAUUUAUCAUAAACAUUAACAUUGGCUUAGAAAUUCCUUGAAAAUAAAAAUUGACAAAACGUCCAAAUGGUUUUGGCAGAUUAUUUGUUGAUAUUUCUAAUAUUGUUAAAUUAAAUUGAACAAAAUCAGGGGGUUGAAAAACAAAAUUGUAUUUUAGAAAUCUUCAACAAUUAAAGGUGAUUUUUCAAAUUUUCAAAACUAACGAUAAGAAAAUCCAACAUUAAAGAACUACGAAAAUAUAUAAUUGAAAACCUCAUAUAUUAGGUACUCGAAGAAAAAAUGAAUCACUAUUUUUUAGACGAAAUCAGACUGUUUCAGACGAAAUCUGCAGAUUAGGUCGUGUUACCAUUUGGUUUCACUGAUAAUGUAAAUACUUCACUUAACUAAUUACGAAAAGAAUGAAUUCAUUGAUAUGUGUUCCAAUUCUACAACCCGAAUACUAUUCAAUAGCCAGAAAGAGAAACAUAGAUUCCUUCUGGGUAAGUUUAUAGUAUCUAGCUAUUUCUUAGAAAACGAUACUAUUAUUACCAUUCUUUAUGUAAUAUCUAUAUGAACAAGAAUUUUCUACUCUGAACAAUAUUAAAAUCAGUAAUAGAAAUUGUUUGAAAAAAUAUUGAAUCGGACAAGCUUAACACACGCAAGUUGCAACCGAAGCCCGGCGAAAAGUGAGUGGGAGCCGCGGAAUCACGGAGCUUUGAAGCUUCUGAGCUGUCUACAUCAAACCAACACACCCAACAACGCAUUCCACGUAUCACCGUUACGUCCUGACAGAUCCGGAUUGGCUAUUGAGAAAAUCUCUUUGAGAUGGGCAUCGUUAGUGCUAUGCUGUAGUCAGAGCCCAGGGGGACAUGGGCUCCCACGGAACUUUUUAUUUUAUCAGUUAUAACAAUUAUACAAAAUGCAUCACUGUUUUCCCAAUAAUAAUAUCUCUGUUAGAUUAAGUUGACCCUAACCUGUUAAUAUUAAAAUAAAAUUUGAACUGGUGGAAUAGGUAAAUCGUACCCCCGGGUUAUCAUACCGGGUCUAGUGUGCACCUCGACGCGAUCGUUUCACCAACUAUUCAUUGAGCAACUUUUUUUUCAACGUACGUUGAUGUGAAUGUGUGAUAUUCAUAGAUAUGCAUAUAUAGAUCUAUUAGGGACAUUUUAUUUUAAAUGUACCCCCCCUCUUCUGAUUUUUGGAUCAAAUAUAGCUCAGUGGGAUUUGGUGAUAGGAAAGUGAUUUUAACGCCAAAAAAUUUGGCUUGGAACUCCACACAAGUCCCCUUCGUAGUUCGAUACCAUACAAUCUUUUUCAAUGGAACUAACUCGGAAUUUGUCUGAUCACCACAAAACUUUGUAAACGGUCCCUAGAUCACCUCUAGACUACCCUCACAACAUUUUUGUAUCGAUCUAAAAAAAAAAACAUGUAAUAUGUAAAUAAUUAGCUAUCUAUUUUGACAUUUUCCAGGUCCAAGUAUUUUUCGUAAAUGAAUAUCCGGAAUCUGGUAUGGGUAGCAUCGUUACGGCCGACAAUGGUACUAAACUGAGUAUCAUGGUGAAACCAUUUGUGACAAUCAGUACGGACGCAAUCAGACAUCUUCCCGUGGAGGAGAGGUUUUGUUAUUUUCCCGACGAAAAACAUUUGAGCAUGUCGAAAUCGUAUACUCAAAAGUCGUGCCUCAUCGAAUGCCGUCUUAACUAUUUACACGAAAAAUGUCAUUGCCGUCCGUAUUACUUUAACAUGCUCGGUGAGUUUACGCGUAGGUAGGUAAACUAAAACCUAUAGGUGCAGGGUGUCCCACGAAGAUAUGGUUAUUGCGAUAUUUUGAAAAGCAUUAAUUUUUUUCGGAAUCUUUUACUCUAAGCGGAACGAAGAAUGUAUUAGUUUUAAAAUGAUGUUUAGUUUAUUUUUCUUUUCUAUGAAAAACUUUUCUACCAGAAAUUUUGCUCCGAUUUUCAAGUGUACCGUGUUUUCUAAAAGUAAAUUUUAGUGGGGUGGUACUUUAGAAAGGUCAUUUUUUAAUUUUCCUAGAGGUUUUUCAUAAAUAACUAGGAAAAACCGGGAAAAUUUACGAAAUGUACUAUUUUCAAAUUGUAAAUAAUAUGGCCUUUCAAAACAUUUAUAGGUAACUGAAAUUGGUUCAAAAUAGUUUUUUGUUGGCAGUAAUUAAUCGUUAUAUACCUAAACAUUAUAUUUCCAUUUAAUUUCCCAACUUCUCAUGUACAACAGUGGCCCACUCAUCGUGUGAAGUAUGUCCGUUUGUUUUUUUUAAACACUAGUAGCUCUAGAAUGUUACAUUAGGUAGAUUCCAUUAUAUUUGGGGUUGAAUCGUCUACCUACUUUUGAUUUCCAAAUGGAAACCUAGGUAUGUUAAAAAUUGAAUAAAUAAAUAAUAGAGUGUUAGUAUUAAACACAUUUUGGUGUUGAUAUUUUUUAUUAAGUCAGUUUUUGUUUAUAAUUUUUUUAUUUAUUUUUUUUCCGAAAUUGUCUUAACUAAUUUUUCCCUAAGACCAAAUACCUAUAUAUUGUUAUUAACAUAUUUAGUGGGUACUUACCUAACAUUCCUAAUAUUAUGUCGACAAUUUUCAGAUAACCGUAUACCGGUCUGUAACUCGACGCAGCUACUGUGCAUCGCGAAGCACAACAGUGAAUUGCGAUUCUUUAGUCCGCCGAUCGGGAACAUCAGGGGUUUCCUGCUCACUGAGAUGAAGUCACCACUCAAUUGUUCCCAAUGUUUACCGACGUGCCACGAAAGCGUAUACGAUCUGGACGUCGAUUAUUCAUUAGACUCCCUGCCGUUGACUAGGAACAGUUUCGGAUCGGUGGACAUUUUCUAUAGAAACGAAGGAGCAGUCAAGUACGAGAGGGACGUGACGUUUGGCUGGAUCGAUCUGUUGGGUACUUAAAUGUCUUAUUAUAUAGGUACCAUGUAGGUAUUUAUCUAAAAACAAAUUUAAAAAAAUUGCUUUAAGUCCUGUUCACACCAUACAAUAUACUCGUAUAAAUAUUAUGGUUCAUACGAUCAAAUAUUUAAUGUUUCUAAAAUAUUUGAGUUUUGUUAAAUAUUGGAUUACUAGAUUGAUAACAAAUAAUUAUUAUCAUCGUAGAUGUAUCAUAAUUAUCAUGAUUUUUCAUUGCAUAUAAAUAGUUUUUAAAUGCAUAAUGAUAUGUAAUAUUUUGGUUAUAUUUAUAUUAGUUUAAAAAUAAUAAAAAUAAAUAAUUUUUUUUUUUAAAUCAAAUUUGAUAUAGAUACCUAUGUAUAUUUUUUAUUUCCAAAAAAUAUUUUAUGUAUUACUUUUCUGAUUAAAAAAUGUCGAAAAUACCAUUACAAAUCAAUCAUUUAGAUAGAAAUAAUAAAAAUUAAAAAACAUUUUUUUCUCUUCUAAAAAUUGAUUUUUUUGUUCAUAUGUUUUAUUUUAAAGGGUAUAUUUCUACGAAAUAAUAGUAAUAAAAUGCAUAUUUUAUAGUACAUAUUUCUAAGGUUUUUAGAGCAUAUAAAUCCGAGACCUAUUUAUAAUCAAUAAACAGAAUAAAAUAUAGAUUGCCUACAGACAAUGCAUGUGUGUAAAAAAUAAAGUUCUAAAAGUUAUGAUAAAUUUUUAAGUAAAGAUCGUAAAUGAAAUAUGUCGUGUAAAGGAGAUUGUGUAGGCAUUAUUCCCAUGAGGCUGUGAAGUGUAUAUAGUUUUAAUACCUCCGAAAUCGGUAGUGCAGUAGCACCUAUAAUAUUAUGACACAUUAAAAAAAAAAUAUAUAGGUAUUUACUCCUUUUGCAAAUGAAUUCAUAAUUCUGUUGAUAGACAUUUUUUAAUCCUUAGUCCUGUGUACAGGAGGUUCCACAGAGAUCUGGCAUGUUCAAUAACUUUUGUCCUGUUCAAUAUUUAUAAGCUUUUCUGUUUUGUAACAAUUAUUAAAAUUUUCAUGUUUUUAUUCUUUAACUAAAAACAAAAACAUAAUUUAAAUUUUUUAUGUUUAAUAUUUUUAAUUUAGUUAAAAUAUUUUUUUUACCAAAUCCAAGAUGGUAAUUUUAUUCACAUUUUUUUUUUUGAAAAAAAAAUUAUGCUUAGUGUUUCACAAGUCAUUAAUUUUCUAUGGGUUUUUAAAGUUUACAAUUUAUACCAUUGCAUUUAUUAUCACAACUAAAUAAUAUCAAUAAAUCAUAGUUCUUGUAAACGUAAAGAUGUUAAAAAAAUUAAAAAUUCAUUAGUUAUUUUGGUAUUAUAUUAUUCUAGUCAGUUAUAAUAGCUAAAGUUGUAUUUUGAUCAAUAAAUAAUAAAAGUGAUUGCAUUAUUCAAAUCUUCUGAAUAUAUAUUCAGGGUGUCCCACAUAUAUAUAUAAUUUAAUAUUUUUUUUUUAUCAUUUAGUGUCAUUUGGAGGUAUCGCUGGUCUGUUUCUGGGAUUCAGUCUGUUAACAAUCAUUGAGUUUAUAUACUGGGCUAUUAAGCUACUUAUAUAUCAAUAUAAUAUGUAUUCAGCAUCUAGAAACAAGAUUUCACCUGGAUAUUAA